CCCAGGCCUGCUGGGGUGAGAGAUAAUCACGUUUACUACUACACCACCGGCGCCGCAGGCCACGGUUGUUCUCAUAAAUGCGGCGUGUUGAUAAGGAUGAAGUCACAAAUCAUAUUUUGGAUGUUUCCUUGCAGAACAAGCAAUUCACAUCGCAUUGAAAUGCAAUACACUUCAGAUCCAUCUGUUUUGAACAGUAGUGUGAUUCAAUGUAAAUUGCACUUGAAUUUAUAGAGGAAUAUUAUCAACAUUCAUCAAAGUUUCAAACAUUAGAAAUCAAGCAGAACACAUUGAACCAUGGUGAAAAACAAUUAAAAUAAAUGUGAUUGUGCAUAUGCAAAAUCAAGGGUUUAAACACUAAGAUCAGACGUGUGGACUUUUUUGACUGCAUUGUGAAUGAUAAACGUCGCUGAUAUGUGGAUUAUUUUGGUUUUAAAAUUAAUAUCUUCAUCAACAUUUCAUACGGGUGGAAUUACGUUUGUAAACAAUAGCUUUAGCCAUUGAUUUCUCGUGAAUUAAAACUGAUUGUUUCCUCUACCAACUGGCGGCGUUAAUUUGCAGGAGUGAGCUUUUAUUUGCGUGAAAUCGGUGGUUAAAGUCGUCGUUUACAAAAGCAAUUUUGCCGCAAUGAAAUGUGGGCACCGAAAUUUUUUCUAAGGUUUUUAACAUUUCGAAUGACCAAGAUCAGAAAAAUUAAAUUUGGAUAAAUUUAGUAAUUUUACUAACAAAGACCUGCAAUUACUUGCUAAUGCUUUGCUAAUCGGCUGUUUACACUUAUUCUAGUUCACUAGCUGUUCCAGCACAACCAACUAGCGAGGAUUUCAGUUGUUCCUGAAAUCUCAUGCUGACGCCCCGUUAACAUUAUGCUUGAAAACAAGCACAGAUGUAAACACCACAUAAGUAAUAUUUUGAGUAUGAUGCAGAUCUAGGUAGUUUAUCUUUCAAUCGCAAAACCUUUCCCCACCCACCAAGGGUACACCACGAAGGGUGUCAUGGGUGGUAAAUUGCCAUAACAGGAUUUUCUUCUUAUCGGUGACGUUAACUGAGUUGUUGCUCGUCUGCUCCGGAGUUCAUUCCGUCGGGUGUUUGGUUCAUUUGAAUGUUUCCUAUUCCCUGGCACACCUUUACCAUUCGGUUGUAGGCCAGACCAUCAGGCGGUACUACGAAAGGAAUAUUUUACCCUGUACAUCAGUCUGGUUCGGCACAGUAUACCGCGAGAAUCCGCCGCGAAAGGAUGUGAGCGAGCGCUAAGGACAGGAACGUUGGAUGAAUCGGUACUGAAAAACCUAAAGGAUUGAUUGGUGCUUAUUUACUAGUGACCGGCAAAAUCGUGCGUCAACCUUUUGUGGAUUACAGUGGAGCUGCCCAAAGGCGAAGAGCUAAUUAUAGAUCCCUGCACUAUCGUCGAUUUUUGCAUUGAGUGAAUCGUGUGAAUCAAAACAAACCUCUGUGCUGCUCCUGCUGCUGCUGCUUCUGGAAUACCGCUUUUGAUGUUUAAAGUGAUUGAAUUGUUCUCUCUGUGUUAAUAUGUGAUAUUAUAUAGCAUUCGAAAUAAAGCAGUAUUUAAGUGCUAGAGAAGACCAUUAGAUAAACCAAAAGUGUCGAAAAAGCAUGGUGGCAAGAAAUUUCUCCCUGCAAGAUCUGUCCUACAAUCAUCUGUUGCAAGUGCCGGAAGAAGAGCGAGAGUUUCUGACGUUGGAUGAGUUGAAACCGCAUCAGUUGACCGAACUUGGCGUAGCCGUGUCGUCCUCGUCGGUACAGCAGCCUGGUGUAGUUCCGGUGGUCACCGGUGAGAUCAGCAAUCCUGUCAUCAGUACCGGAGGAUUGCUUCAAAAUUACCACCACCAUAACGUGUUCUAUAAUAUCGGUGCAUCACGAUCGCCAACAAAUGCGAAUACCGGUGGAAAUGAACAUUUGACGGCGACCACAGCAUCGACGGUCAUGUUGGAUUCUAUACAAGGAAGCAUGGCCGCCGUAUCCAAUCUUAGCAGCCAUCAGCAAGGCUUACCGCCGGGAAGUGCCGGCAGUCUUCAUAUAGGUGUCGACCAUGGGCACCAUCGGCACGAAAGUGGCAGUGAGAGUUGUGUGGAGAAUGGAUCAGCCAGUGGGAGAAAGCGAAAAAUUUCAUACAAUGACAAUAGUGACAUCGAAGAUGAUACUGGUGACGACUCCAAAUCGGUUCGUACAACGGACGAAAACAAAAAACAGAACCACAGUGAAAUUGAGAAACGCCGACGUGAUAAAAUGAAUACCUACAUCACCGAGCUGUCGGCGAUGAUUCCCAUGUGCCAUGCCAUGUCUCGGAAGCUGGACAAACUGACGGUCCUCCGGAUGGCUGUCCAACACCUGAAGACGAUACGAGGGGCCGUCCAUUCAUACACCGAGGGGCACUACAAACCGGCUUUCCUCUCGGACCAGGAACUCAAGAUGCUGAUCCUGCAGGCGGCUGAGGGAUUCCUAUUUGUGGUGGGCUGUGAUCGGGGGAGGAUUCUGUACGUGUCGGAAUCGGUUUCGCAGAUAUUGAACUAUUCUCAGGGGGAUUUGCUGGGACAAAGUUGGUUCGAUAUUCUCCAUCCUAAGGAUGUGGCAAAAGUAAAGGAGCAACUGUCUUCUUCAGAUCUUAGUCCAAGGGAACGACUGAUAGAUGCUAAAACAAUGCUUCCGGUGAAAACGGAUGUCCCACAAGGCGUAACGAGGCUAUGUCCGGGCGCAAGGCGUUCGUUCUUUUGUCGAAUGAAGUGCAAAACCAACAUUCAGGUCAAGGAGGAAGCAGAAUCCAACCCUUCGGCGUCAAGUUCUCAUCGAAGGAAAAACAAGGUCAACUCCGACAAAAAAUAUUCAGUCAUACAGUGUACGGGAUAUUUGAAGUCUUGGGCUCCAGCGAAAAUCGGUUUAGAAGAGCACGAAACCGACGGGGAAGGUGAAUCCUGUAAUCUUUCGUGUCUGGUGGCUGUUGGCAGGGUUCAGCCCUGUCUUUUUCAGAAUAAAAUAUCCGGGAAUGUGAAUCUGAGCAAUCGCCGACCGACGGAAAGUGGUGGAAGCGCUGGAUCGACCGGAACCAAUGGCUGUAAAGGUUUCAACCGAAACAACAUUCCAAACCUGAGAAAUGUACAAUUUAUAUCGCGCCAUGCAAUGGAUGGAAAGUUCCUAUUUGUGGACCAACGGGCCACGCUGGUCCUGGGGUUCCUUCCGCAGGAGCUUCUGGGGACCAGUAUGUACGAAUACUAUCACCACGAGGAUAUUCCGGCUUUGGCAGAGUCGCAUAAAGCGGCGCUGCAGGGCAAUCAGUGUGUGACGUCUCCGGUCUAUAGGUUAAGAACCAAGGAGUACGGAUUCGUACGGCUGCAGAGUGAAUGGAAGUCAUUUCGGAAUCCUUGGACCAAGGAAAUCGAAUAUCUUAUAGCGAAGAACAAUGUCAUCUUGGUAGAUUUGGCGGAUAGUACAGGAGGGUGCUAUGGAGGGAAGAGUGCGACCGUGCCAGGUGGCAACAAUGGAAACGGCAGCAACGAGACGAGCGACGGAAACAACAACAAUGAAAGUAAUGGACAAAGUACGGUUGGAUAUGAUUUUUUUAACCAUUCUAACGGUCGUGAAAUACAGCGAAUGAUAAACUCGCAUGUGGAGGCUAGUAAAAUAGGACGGCAAAUAGCGGAACAAGUUCUGGAUCACCAGCGAAGGACAGGUGACUCCUCGGCAGAAAGCAGUCCAGACCCAACGGACACAGCCAUUGCGCAGAGCUUCAACCCGGCUAUCCAGGAGGUCAGUAAUCUCUCGAAUGAAGCCAUUGCAGCCGUAGAACGCUCCCUAGCGUCGUCUUCCGGUGUUUCCCCGGAAUCAUCAACUGGUGCCGGAGGAUCAGGAGGAGGAGCUCCUACAACCCAACGAGUAAAUGGAACGAUAUCGGGGUUCAACCACGUACGGAACACUAGCAUCAUGAGUCCAGAGCACGAAGUUGCACAUGGCCAGGCCACCAACACCGAUGGCAAUGACGAAGCGGCAAUGGCAGUGAUAAUGAGCCUACUGGAAGCUGACGCCGGCCUGGGAGGGCCGGUUGAUUUUUCCGGUUUACCAUGGCCGUUGCCAUGAAAACGCACCCUAGAGGCAUUUCUAAACCAUACCUUGAUAGUCAACCAACCACGCAAUGAAGCAAAGAGUUACCAACUUUUUUUUUUUUAGUCAAAAAGCGAAAGAUAGUUAUUUUAGUAGACCAAGUCAUUUCUUAUUUAGU